CGCAGUUAUCCAAUGGAUGUGGGCUUUGCCGUUCAAACCGGCAAAGGUGGAGCCAAGCCUGCCAGUGAGAGAGCGAGGGGCGGGUUUUUUUUGACAGCAGGUUCGGUCGCUGCCUUUCCUGGGGUUUUACUGGGAUUGGGGCGGCGUCUGCGGCUCAGUGUGGUUGGAGCCGGCGGAGGGGUUGGAGGUAGGGUAAGCGAAGGCCGAGAGUAUGGGGGUUAGGUAGGAGCGGCCCGGCCCCAGCAGCAGCCCGGCCGGCCGGCCUCCGCCGGCGGGGAGGGCAGGCGAGCGCUGCCGUGUGACGGGGGUCUGGGCGAGGCGGCGGAGCUGAGCCGGCCGGAGGAUGGAGGACAAGAAGGAGGAGGGCGAGGCCGAGAUCCAGGAGCAUGGGCCCGAGCACUGGUUCAGCAAGUGGGAACGGCAGUGCCUGGCCGAGGCCGAGCAGGAGGAGGCGCUGGCCCCGGAGCUGCAGGAGGAGGCGGCGGCCGCCGCGCAGCCCGAGCACAAACAGCAGAAGCUGUGGCACCUUUUCCAGAACUCGGCCACCGCCGUGGCGCAGCUCUACAAGGACCGGGUGUGCCAGCAGCCAGGGCUCUCCCUCUGGGUCCCCUUCCAGAAUGCCGCCACCGCCGUCACCAACCUCUACAAAGAAAGCGUGGAUGCCCAUCAACGAAGCUUUGAUGUAGGAAUUCAAAUUGGCUAUCAGCGUCGCAAUAAGGAUGUGUUAGCUUGGGUUAAAAAACGCAGAAGAACUAUUCGUAGAGAAGAUUUGAUCAGCUUCCUAUGUGGAAAAGUUCCUCCUCCACGAAACUCUAGAGCUCCCCCAAGACUGACUGUAGUAUCCCCUAACCGAGCUACUUCAACAGAAACUAGCUCAUCUGUAGAGACUGAUUUGCAGCCCUUCCGUGAAGCCAUAGCUCUGCAUGGUCUUAGUGGUGCAAUGGCUAGUAUAAGCGUUCGUUCAAGUACCCCAGGCUCUCCCACUCACGUAAGCAGUGGUUCCAAUGCUAGUCGUAGGAGAAAUGGACUCCAUGAUGUUGAUUUGAACACUUUCAUAUCAGAAGAAAUGGCACUCCACUUGGACAAUGGUGGAACUAGAAAGCGUACCUCAGCCCAGUGUGGCGAUGUCAUUACAGACUCACCAACUCAUAAACGCAACCGAAUGAUCUAAACUGCAAAAAUUUCAAACCCACCAUGCUGCUUGAAAGCCACUUGAUCCUCAGAGUACUAUUGAAAAGGAAACAUGAGGCCAUCUUCCCAUAUUCACUGUUUAAAACAAGUGAAUUCAAUAAUUGCCAUAAGGAAGUUUUAGGUAUUACAGUAGAUGCCUCUUGUAACUACGGCUUUCUUAAACUAUAUUCUUAGCAGAGGACAUCAGAUAUUGUGUAGUAGUUAGCAAGAUCAUCAUAGGCGAACAUGUAUCCGUUCCAAGGCUAAAAGUGACCUUACUUGUAUUCUUAAAGGGAAAGGAAAUAUCAGAUGUUUUAUUUGGUUAUAGAAUGCUUUUGUCCUUAUUUCCUGCUGUGUUGAGUAUUUGCUUCAACAGUAUUGCCAGUUUGACUGAAAUCGUCUAAAAUAUGACUUGGCAUCUUUGUCAAAUCUGCAGGCUUCCAUUUUCGCAGCACUGUAUAAGGCACCUAGUUUCUAUAUAGUAACAGUGUGCAAGUUAUAAAUAUUGGACUGUGCCCUUUUUAGUUUUAAAAGCAGUUGAUAAUUCUGGUGAUUGUGUGAUAAUGUAAAGAGGUGCUAUGAUGGUCAUGCAAUUAAUACUUAAUAUUGACUCAAUACAAGGAUCUUUAUUGGAUUCACUUUGUGUGUUUUAGUGCUCUGAAGUAGCAACAUUAAACUUUUCCCCCAAUUAACGUCAUAGGGUUUUACAUUUUCAGUUUAAGAACAUAUAUGUACUUACUGGUAUUAUCCUUGUAAACAUAAACAGUGCAAACUGCACCAGUGCUGACCUAAAUUUAGAGAAAAAUGUCCUGUAACUGGAGAAUAGGCUUUUUUGUUCAGUAUUAGUGAAGGGUAGGUAUUGUGUACAACCGAAUGCCAUUUUACAUUUUGUGUGAAGUAAUUGCCCAUGUUGGGGAGGGGUGGGAGGUGAGGGAAUGGGGAACAGUUGGAAAAGGGUUGUGUUCUGUCUGCUGACGAGCAAGAUUUCUGGUCACAUAUGGAAACUGCUUGGAGUGACUAGCUUGUGUGUGACAUCAUCAUCUUUAGGAUGAAGUGACGUGCAGGUUUUGCCAAGUGCUAAGACAAUAACUUAACUUCUAGUUUUAAUUCUGAAGAAAAGAUCUUUCUUUUCAGUAAAUGUAAAAUAACAUUGGAUGGCUUUCAAAGAUAAAACCUGCUUUCUUACAAUGUCUUUAACUGAAUGUCCUGAUGAAUAUGUAAAGUUGAAAACUGGCUACACAGUUUAAAUUUAAAUCCAAAAAGUCAGGUGUGGAUCAAAGAUGCUCACUCUGCAAAUCAGUACUGUUAAGUGCAGACACUUCAAAAACUCUUUACUUAAAGGAGAACAAUUUCUAAGUUAAAACAGUUUUUUGUUUUUGUUUUUACAUUUAGAAAUAUCUGAUCUUGAUUUCUUCUUUUUGGCAAAGAACUUUCGUUCAAAAGCUUCUGCUUAUGAGGAGGGCUAAAAUAGGGAGGGGUAAGGAGAUGAAGAGCUGCUGACUUGAGGGGGAGGAGGGAAUGUUUGAACUGGAGGCCCCAUCCACACUGUAAUAGAAAACAGGCAUUCUUUAAGCUUGCCUUACAUUCACUUGCAGCUAAACAGAGAUCUAACACAUGGAUGGGGCCAAGCUAUGCUAGAACCACCAUACUGAAAAUUCUAUUCUAGUUUUCUGCCUAAGUUAGAUCAUGAUUUUGAACUCUGUUCUAAUAUAUCUUGGCCACAAGUGAGUGUAUGCUUAAGCAAUUUAAGGUAAGUUUACAUUCUACUAGCCAGCCUCUGAUUCAACAUUCUCCUGCCUGGUCAGCUGGGGCAGGGUUACAGCUGUUUCAAUUUCUUAUAAUAAAAAGUCCUCUAGCAUAGAAGUUCUCCAUCAAAGGCAGGGCAAAGUCCGGGAUACAUCAUGUAUUUUUCAAAAAUUUUGGAGGCCAUCUUUAUAUAUUCUAAGAGGAAUGAUUUUGUUUUUAAUUUGUAUAUAAAUCAACAGGUUCAGGAGUUUUUCAACAGUUCCAUAGUACUGUGCUAAAAGUUUGCAGUUCAUGGAACCAUUUAAGAAUCUUAAAAAAUAAAAAAAUAAAAAAACAAAAAAAUCUGUUUGCAGUCUAACGGCAAACCAUGUAAAAAAGCUGCCAGUGUAUGUACAAUUAAGUUACUACUGUUGACCUAAAGCCAUAGGGCUUUGUGUGAUAUUUAUAAUUCUUUUAUAAAGUAUAGAACUAAUUUCAAUUCUAUGAGACUUUGCAUUUUAAACCAAGAUUGACUUGUAAAAUGGGAUUGUAAGACAGUAGAAAAGGUGUUAAAGCAACUUUAAUUCUGCAAAAUGACCUACUUGUAGGAUAUAAGCAGAGGUAUUUCUUACCCAUGAAAUAGAAACAGCAGGUGGGUGUCAUGAUCAGCCUUGAAUAGACAAAUGUGCCACUCAAUGAUGAAAACAUUCUGAAGCCCCCUUCCACUUAUUAGUUGAACUAAUUCAUAAUUGUGCAAUUAAACCAAUUUAGGAUAUCUUUGUUUCCUUAGAUCUUUGAUGCUGAACAUUGGGAUUUCUUGAUGUGAGACAGUUACUACAUGUAGUAGUACUAAUGUUGGAGCUCCACACAUACUCUGGAAAGUACUGGGUUAAAUGUGACUUACGCUUAAAUCUAUCCAAAUAUGACUACACAUGGAGCCUGAUCUGUUUUAAUUUUUUUUCCCAAGUGGAAUAAUAAAUGCCUCUGUUUAAGUUAAUGCUUUGAAGCUUUGCAUUCAAUUUAGUACCAUUUAAACUAAAUUCGUCAAGCUUUUUUGAUUUGUGCCAUUUUUUUGGUAAGAGAAAGCAGGCUUUAAUAUCUAACUGGUUGCAUUAAUAUUUUUUUGCUUGUAACUUAAAUAUUUGACUUAUUUUUACCAUCUUCCAUUGGUAUUUCAUUUAGCCCCAAAUGUUACUUGUUCUUUAAGUGUUAACCCCACCCAAAAAUGACCUAAAAUGCAUGUAUUCACCUGAUAAACAGAAGGAGCGCAGAUUGUUUCUUUAAAAAAAAUAAAAAAUAAACAUUCAAUUCCAGUA